CACGUACGAGCGAUGUUGUCAACGCCGGACGAGCUGGUGCCGCUGCCGGCGGAGCUCAAGAAGUACCUGCUGCAACUGACGCUCAUCGGCGUCGUCAGCUAUGCAGCUGUAGCAUUGUUGAUUCCCGUAGUGGGUCGCCGUAUGCCUGCCAAGCUCUCGGGAAAAGAUCUGUGCAAACGCGGCACUCCAGCAGGAGAUAUCCCAAUCCCAGAGGCACUCGGUAUUGUGUCAGGGCUCCUGUACGUUGCUGCGUUGGUCGUAACGGUACUCACAGUGGUGGACAACGCCGACGUGAACCGCAUGAUGGCUUGGGGUAUCGUCAGUAUCCUGUCUAUGAUCCUACUGGGCUUCACCGACGACCUAUCGGAUCUGCGUUGGCGUCAUAAAUUGCUCUUCCCACCGCUGGCUUCACUGCCUUUGCUCAUUAAUUACGCUGGACUCACAGCCAUCGUGCUGCCCAAACCGGUCCGCUUCUUGUUCGAGAAGGACACUUUGCUAUACACGGUACUAAACCCCGUUGUACCGCUCAGUGACGGCGGUGAGAUCGCCGAGCUCGGACUCUUUUACUACCUAUACAUGGGCAUGAUGGCAGUGUUUUGCACCAAUGCAAUUAACAUCUACGCCGGUGUGAACGGUCUGGAGGCAGGACAGUCGUUCGUGAUUGGCGCCGCUGUCGUGGUCCAGAAUGUGUGGCAGAUUCUGCUCGGCCACGACAACGAGCACUUUCACUACCUCUCGCUUAUGUUCAUGGUUCCGUACCUGGCGACGACACUCGGUCUGCUCAAGCACAACUGGUACCCGUCGCGUGUCUUCGUUGGAGACACGUUCUGCUACUACGCCGGCAUGACCUUCGCCGUGUGUGGUAUCCUGGGUCACUUCAGUAAGACGCUGCUGCUCUUCUUCCUACCGCAGGUCCUCAACUUCCUGUACUCGCUUCCACAGUUGUUCAAGAUCGUACCUUGUCCGCGUCAUCGACUGCCCAAGUUCAACGCGAAGACUGGUCUACUGGAGCCUUCCACCAUCACACCCGAGUCCACUCGAUCCAACUACACGAUCAUCAACCUCUUCCUGGUUGUUUUUGGCCCCAUGAAGGAGAACCACCUCGUGCUGGCGCUCCUUUCGUUCCAAGUACUGUGCUGUGGGUUGGCGUUCUACAUUCGCUACGGGAUCAGUGGCUACUUCUACGACUUUGUGCAGUAG